GAUUUAUUGUCCACACACAGGGGUAAGGCAUGGGCUGACGACACCAGCCAACUGGGGCCGGACAAACACGCCCGAGACAUCACCUCACUGGACAAGUACGCCAUGGAGCGGUGGGAGGUGAUCCUGCAUUUCAUGGUGGGCUCACCCAGUGCAGCCGUCAGCCAGGAUCUGUCCCAGCUCCUCAUCCAGGCCGGGCUCAUGAAGAGUGAAGGGACAGAAGCCCCCUGUAUCACAUCUGCUGGCUUCCAGUUCCUGCUCCUCGACACCUCCUCCCAGCUUUGGUACUUCAUGCUCCAGUACCUGCACACUGCUGAGACACGAAAGAUGGACCUGGUUGAGAUCCUGUCGUUUGUUUUCCAGCUGAGUUUCUCCACGUUGGGCAAGGUGAGCAGGGUGUCGUCUUGUUCCUGUACCCUGCACCCCCACCCCCACCCCCACACCCACCCACCCACCGUGGGAGGCGGGAGAUAG